AUGGAAACAGACAACGCAUUUGCAGCAUUAGAUGGGGCUGCAGAGGGCACUACAAGUCAAUCCAUCCCAUCAAGAAGAGUAAAUAUGAACGCGCCAAAAUCUAAACCGCCACCUAUCUUCAUAAAUGGAGUUGAUAUCAAUGACACCAUCAAUAAACUAACAACAGAGGGCAUUGACAAAAACUUAUUUACUACAUAUGUAAAUAAAACGAACCUAAAUAUUAUAUCUAAAAAUCAUGAAACUUACGACAAAAUUAAAGUGUGUUUCAAAAACAAAGUGGAGUUUUACACUUACACAAAAAAAGAAGAUAAACCCAUCACUAUACUCCUCAAAAAUAUCGCAGGUAUUUUCACCGAACAGCUUAUCCAGAGCGAAAUCAACUAUUUAAAUCUACUACAGGUCAAGUUAAUCAAAGUGAAAAAACUCCCAAUGAAGUCUGAACAAGAAAAAAAACAUUUCAUAGUCCAAAUCACACCUGAUAGCCUCUUGAAAAAUCUGGUCCAGGUUAGACGACUGUGUUGUCAAAAAAUAAAAUGGGAAAAACUGAGAAAACCAAAAAUUAUUCAGUGUACUAGAUGUCAAAGAGUAGGCCACUCUGCAUCGACAUGUGACAUGUUUUACAGAUGUGUCAAGUGCAGUGAAAAUCAUGCAAAAGGUGAGUGCAAAAUCACGAAGGAAGAUGAUAAAACCAAACUAACUUGUGCAAACUGUGGUCAAAAGGGUCACCCAGCAAAUUAUCAAGGUUGCCCAUACCUAAAAAUAGCAAAUCAAGAAAGACAACAUAGUCUUAACAAAUUUCAAAGACCGAGAAACACCAAUAGACCUCCUGUUGACAGAUUUAUACAACCUGGCCUACUAUACACCAUUGCAAUAAGAAACAACAUCAAACACGAAGUAAUCUCUCAUCCUUCUUCAGUCAACAACAGCACGAUAGAAUUUACAAUAAUAAAGCUGCUUUCUUCAGAAGAUCAAAAUGGAAAAACCUUUAUUGUCAGCAUCUAUGCAACACCUGACAACAAAAAAACAGUUGACUAUGAUAGUGACCACAGGGCACUUCUAUUUACGGUCCAGCUCAGAUCAACCAUCCAGCUCAAGCAAGUAAUCAAAAAAUUUAAUUUCAAAGCAACUAAUUGGUCUCAAUUUUCUAAAUUUUUAGCUAAGAAUUGUAAUCCGUCACCGCCAGACGACAGAAACUUAUCAAACACAGAAAUUGACUAUUUAGUAGAAACCACAACAAAAUCAAUCAGAGAAGCAAUAGUUUCAACAGUUCCACAAUUUAAAAAACAAGACAGUAUUUUUAAAUAUCUCAAUUCAAGAAUUAAAAAACUUCAAAACAAUAAAUCAUCACUUAUCACCAAACUCCAUAUACUUCAAAGACAACAUCAGUCCCAUCUCCACCAACAGGAAAUCCAGAAUAUUAAACAAAUGAUCAAACUAAUAAAAGAAGAACUUAGAAAAGAAUUUAGCAAAUCAAUUACCUGCUACUGGAGCAACCAACUUAGACAAGUCAACCACCGAGACCCAAAUGCCUUUUUCCCAAAAAUUAAUAGAAUGUUGAGACCCAAACAGAACAUUGAAAUAGCCAAUCAAAUAAUAAAAUCAGACUCAGACCUAAUCACUAAUAAAACAGUGCAAAUGAACAAUGCUUUCUCAGACCCAAUUACUAGCACAACAACAAUAACCAAUCCAAUAGACAAGCUAAAUGUAAUUGGUAAACACUACCAAAAAAUCAACUCUCCAAGAUACCUAAACAUCGGUACAUCAUUAAAAAAUAUAAUAGAUCAUACGGUCAAUAACAUGAAAAAGAAACUAGAAAAUUCUGAGAAGACUGGCACAUCAAGAGGGUCUUCAGCCGACAGAUUUGGCAAAGCAUUUGCUGAUGACUUUAUUGCAUACUUAAUCGGUACCAACCCAAGAAAACAGAUUGCGGAUUUUCAACUACAAACAGAACACCCUGACACAAAAGAGCUCAUUAACGUCCCACAUAAAAAUGAAGUCAAGUAUCUUGGUUUCCAUUUUGACUACCUGAUGAAAUUAAAUUCACAUGUCAUCAAACAACUUGACAAAGCAAAAAAAGCCUUUCAAGCAAACAGCAGGAUUUUUUACUCCAAACACCUAUAUCCGAAAGCCAAGAUUAUUUGCUACCAAUUACUAAUUAGACCAAUUUUAACAUAUGGAUCGCCUGUUUGGUGGAAUAUCAACGCCGCAACUAUGGAAAAGAUGAGGGCUUUUGAACGCAAAUGCCUAAGAGCUUGCUGCAGCCAAUACAGAUCGAGAGAGUCCAACUUCAAAAAGUUCAUCAGCAACAAACAGCUAUAUGACCUAGCGAACAUCCCUAGGAUUGAUAAUUUUAUUAUUAAGCUAAAUAGAGAUUACUUUUGCAAUCUACGAGACAUUGAAAAUAGUGACUUAAAACUAAUUAACGACAUGGAUCCAAUCAAAGGAGAAAAAUAUAAUUCCUCAGGUUAUAUUUUCCCUAACAUGUUUAUACACUAUGACAGACUAGACUUAAUUCAAAACCACAAUAACAUACCAAUUGUAUAUCAUUACACAAGACGUAGCAAUGAUAAAAGAAUUAACUAUACGGCCGAUUGUUUUACAAAUAAAAGACAUAACUUUAAUUAUUCUACUGACAUACCAUUAAGAGACCAAUUAGACUUCACAAGACUGAACGACAAAUACUGGUGGUUAGCUGAGGAAACACCACACAGAAAGCAUCUUAGAAAAAGAUUAAAAACUGGCUGGACAGCCAUUUACUAA